UCUUAAAUUAAAUUAGCUCAGCUGUCAAACUAUCAAAACAAUUGCAGAAUACAUAUUAAGAAUUAAUUUUAUUUAUUUAUUUAAUUAAUUGAUUAAUUAAAUUUGUUUUUUUUUAAUUAUCAACAAUGGAGUUAAUAAAUAUAUUAAAUUUAGAAGAUCUUGAUGAAAUUUCUAGGAAUUAUGAUAAAUUCUGUCAACAGAAUAUGCAGACGAUGAAGUUUCAAGAUUUAAAUCAUGAGUCGCGUGAAAAAAUUUGGAAUGGUUUAUUUACACAACUGUCAAGUGAUAAAUAUUCUAAAAUUCAUGAUAAAUGUUUACAAGUACUUAGAAUAUUAAGUCGUGAUAAAAAAGACCUGGACAUAAUAAUAAGUGAUGAAAGAUUGAAUAUCAUUAUUGAAAAAGCAGAUCUAGCUGAUCCAGUUCCUCCUCCGUAUACAAAUGUAACAGUGGAAGCAUUGAAAUUACUCUGUAAUUUAAUUUAUAACUCUCCAGGUGUUCAAAUUCAAAUAACCAAAACCAAGUGUUUAAAAAAUCUAGUCACAAGAAUAAGUUACUACAAUGAGACCGUAUCAAACGAUAUCAUGUUAUUCGAUAUGAGAAUUUUAUUUUUAAUUACUGCUUUAAAUAUUCCAUCGAGAAAUAUUUGCAAAAAUGAUUGCAAUGGAGACAAAAUACUGAUCGAUUGUUUAAAUAAUUUAUUUGACAGAUUAAAAGAUUCAAAGGAAUUAGUGGAAAUUAUUUGUGAAUUAUUUAAGGCACUUUUUAAUUUAAAUAUCGAUGCUGACGACUCUACAGAGGAUCAGAAAAAAACAAAUCAAGAAUUAGUUAGCACUUUAUAUAAAUUUCUAACUGCAGAUCACGUGCGAGCACUUGAUAGCGAAGAAUUAAAAAGUCAUAUUGUUAAUUUAUUGACUGUAGUACCAAUUAGUUGCUAUGUUUCGUUAGUACCUGAAGUGAGUAGUGACGAGCAGAAGAAGAGCAAAGAAAUUUAUCAAGACCUAGAUAUGUCAGCAGUCUGGGAAUUACUAAAAUUUUUAGACAAACGUUUAGAUACUCCGAAGAAUCUCGUCGAAAAUACUUCACCGGCAGUAACAACUUUAUUGAAACUUGCGAGUAGUAAUAGCAGCAUACGUAAAUACACAAGACAAAAAGUAUUACCGCCGUUGGAAGACGUCAUGACACGUCCUGAGGAAGGGACAACUUUAAAAGCUAAACUAUGCAAGCUCUUAACAUUUCCAAUUGUAGAAUUACGCGACAUUGUUGCGGAGUUUCUGUUCGUUCUCUGCAAACAAAACGUUGGCCGCAUGAUCAAAUACACGGGCUAUGGCAAUGCAGCGGGAAUGUUUGCUAAUAAAGGUCUUCUAGGAGGCAUACAACCUGACACAGAUUUUUCAUCAGAGUCUGAAGAAAGUGACACAGAGGAAUAUUGCAAGUACAGAGAAAGUAUUAAUCCAAUAACUGGGUGCUAUGAAGAACCAAAGCCUAAUCCUCUAGAAGGGAUGACUGAAGAACAAAAAGAAUACGAGGCAAUGAAACUUGUUAAUCUUGUGGAUCAAUUAACUGGGGAUGGAAUACUAAAGCCAUGUACAAUCGGUGAAGACGGAAAACCCAAACCAAUAGAACACGUCCUCGAAUUACAAAAAGGACUUGAUCAUAAACUUAAAGAAAAUGACAGCGAUUCGGAAUAAUCUUUAUUACAAUUCUUUACAUUACUAAUUAAAAUUAUAUUUAAAAAAUGUUUUAUAAAAUAAUAAUAAUAAUAAUAAUAAAAAGUAUAAUUGAAUAAUUAAUUUUACUUUAUUUAAAAAGAACAAAGAACAACUUUAUAAAUAAACAAUUGGCAGGAAAUAAAAAGUAUAACACUUUCCAAAAUCACAUGAAAUGUUUUACAAUUUUGGGUAAUUGUGUUAUGUGCUUUGUGAGCAUCACAAUGUAUAUAAACAUAUACACAUAUAUAAUCAUUUUAUAUACAUGUAUACAUAUUAUAUGUAUAUAAUAUAAUAUAUUUAUUGCAUUGCAGCCUAUGCGCGCACAAGAGUGUUAUGUUCCUAUCAUUUUUUUGUCCAUUUUAUUAUA